AUGUACAUUUCUGUGUUUGACCUUUCCAGUGGCUACAUUUCGGUGAAAUCUGAUAUUUUCAGCUUCGGGGUGUUGGUCCUGGAGAUAAUAAUUGGGAAAAGAAACAGAGGAUUUCAACAUCCUGACCAUGAAAUUAACCUUAUGGGCCAUGCAUGGGCACUAUGGAUGAAAAGAGCAGCUCUACAGCUAGUGGACGAAUGUCUGCUGGAAUCCUGUGUCAAUUCUCAAGCACUAAGAAGCAUUCAAGUAGCUCUACUAUGCGUGCAACAAAGACCAGAAGACCGGCCAACCAUAUCACUCGUUGUUCUAAUGCUAGGCAGUGCGGAUCCUCCACUGCCGGAUCCUAAACAGCCUGGGUUUUUCACAGCGAGAAACCCAUUUUAUAAUAGAGACACCAGCUCAUCGAGCAAGAACAACCCGCACUCUGUUAAUGAAGUAACAUUGACAUCGUUGGACGCUAGGUGA